AGCACCACGAGCUGACCUCGCUCUUCGAGUGCCCGGUCUGCUUUGACUAUGUCCUGCCCCCCAUCCUGCAGUGCCAGGCCGGGCACCUGGUAUGUAACCAAUGCCGCCAGAAGUUGAGCUGCUGCCCGACGUGCAGGGGCGCCCUGACGCCCAGCAUCAGGAACUUGGCUAUGGAGAAGGUGGCCUCGGCAGUCCUGUUUCCCUGCAAGUACGCCACCACGGGCUGCUCCCUGACCCUGCACCACACGGAGAAGCCAGAGCACGAAGACAUCUGUGAAUACCGCCCCUACUCCUGCCCUUGCCCCGGGGCCUCCUGCAAGUGGCAGGGGUCCUUGGAAGCCGUGAUGUCCCAUCUCAUGCACGCCCACAAAAGCAUCACCACCCUGCAGGGAGAAGACAUCGUCUUCCUAGCCACGGACAUUAACCUGCCGGGGGCCGUCGACUGGGUGAUGAUGCAGUCGUGCUUCGGCCACCAUUUCAUGCUGGUGCUGGAGAAGCAAGAGAAGUACGAGGGCCACCAGCAGUUCUUCGCCAUCGUGCUGCUCAUCGGCACCCGCAAGCAAGCCGAGAACUUUGCCUACAGACUGGAGCUGAACGGGAACCGGCGGAGACUGACCUGGGAGGCCACGCCCCGGUCCAUCCACGACGGCGUGGCGGCGGCCAUCAUGAACAGCGACUGCCUUGUGUUUGACACAGCCAUAGCGCAUCUGUUUGCAGAUAAUGGCAACCUUGGAAUCAAUGUGACCAUUUCUACGUGUUGUCCAUGAGGCGCCGCAGUUAUUUGGGCCCAGGGCUCUAUGGGGAAUAAAGGUUUUUACAGAUGUUCUAUUCGCUGUGUCUUCACGGAUCAAGACCCACAGUUAACCCCAUGUUCUGUUUGAACAAGCAGCUUCCCAUCUGGCAUUGGCCCAACAGAGUUCAUUAAACAGGGAUGAAUGCGGUUGGCCUGCUAGUCAUUUGGAGUCUGUUCUGUGAUCUAAAAUCAACUUUGUUAUUAAAUUUUAUUUACUUCCUGAACAGCACUUGACAGGUUGCUCAGGGCUCCUGUAGACCAGUACGUUAGGAAUUGGAGGCUCCUUCCUGCCUGACUCCCUCUCUUGGUUCCUCCAAGUGGACAAAAGCACAGUGACUGUCGAUAGAUUCCUUAACUUUUACCUUUUUAGGGGAGUAGGAAUUGUUUUAAUGCAUUUUAAACAGUGUUCUCAAACUGGAUGGCUAGCCAAUAGACAGAAUCACCUGUAGUACUCAUCUGAAACAUCCAGAUCUGGGGAGCCUCUGAAUUUAACAAUCUCGUCAGGUGAUUCUGUUCGACAAUAAAGUUUGAGAAUUGCUGGAUUAAAUUGUGGAAAGGGUCCAGAUUUUAAAGGUGCUUUACGAUUGCCCUCUACUGAUACUGUUUGUCUUUCUACUAUUUCAUGCCCCCACCACCUACCAUUCCCAAAUUAAAACCAGAACUGCAGAUCCCCAUGAACACACUCCUGAGAUUUGGUCACUCUCUUGUGUUUGGGGUGAAUUGCCUAGGAAAGCAAAUCAUAUGGCCACUGAUAGUUACCACAUAGUUUUUGCUCAUCACUAGUACAGAUGACCUGUUUACAUGUGGCUUCCCUCAGAGGCCAUCCUUGACUGUAGAUGGUGGGAAAGACUAGAUCAGUAGAGUUGGAAAAGCUUUAUAACCGGUGUCAUAUGCUUGCUAUUUAAAGGUAUGUGUUGGAUUGUUGUUUUUUGCCACAUUCACUUUAGUUUUUUAAUAAAUACUUUCCAAAAAUGAA